GCUCUCCUUCUUCCUCUCAUCACUGUUCUUACAAAUCCGAUUCCAAAACACUCGAAUCAGAGAUCGAAAUCGUCGCCCAUGGCAGCUCUAAGAGCAGUUUCCAGCUCUUUCAGAUUAGCCUCCGCGAAUCCGGCUAAAUCCUCCGCUAAUCGCCCGAUUUCCGUCAAGCUCUCCAGUUCGCUCCUCAAUCCGAGCUCCAAAAUCUUCUCGGCUCCCAAGAAUCUGAGUUUCUCCGCGCCGGGAAGAUCGUUCUCUUGCCGGAGCCAGGCUAGCCCCUCCGAUUCCCCCAAUCCGAGUAGAGUUCAGGAAUUAUACGUUUACGAGAUCAACGAGAGGGAUCGCCAAAGUCCUGCGUAUCUUAGGUUAAGCCAGAAGAAUACGAAUGCGCUCGGCGAUCUGGUUCCCUUCACGAACAAACUGUAUACCGGAGAUCUGGAGAAACGAGUAGGAAUCACGGCAGGGCUAUGCAUAUUGGUUCAGAACAAGCCGGAGUUGAAAGGCGACCAUUACGAGGCGAUGUACAGCUUUUACUUCGGAGACUACGGUCACAUAGCGGUGCAGGGGCCUUACCUGACCUACGAGGACACGUAUCUGGCUGUGACUGGUGGGUCAGGAAUCUUCGAAGGCGUGUCGGGUCAGGUUAAGCUGCAGCAGAUCAUCUUCCCCUUCAAGCUUUUCUACACCUUCUACUUGAGGGGCAUUGGGGAGUUGCCUGCGGAGCUGGUUGUGAAGCCGACGGAGCCGAGCCCAGGCGCCGAGCCCACCCCCAACGCCAAGGCCUGCCACCCACAUGCCACCAUCUCUGGCUUCACUAACUAACCCUCCCUCAGGUGCUCCUUCUUCCCUUUACUUUGUAAAUCAAUCGCAAUCUCUUGUGUUUUUGUCGUUGUUUUGGUUUUAACGCUCUUCUCAUCUGCAAAAUCCUUAAAUUGUAUCCUUAUUUUGAUUGGGAGAGGUUUUGUGAUUGUGUUCAACAACUGGUGUAUAGAUUCAAACCUCUUAGGUCGUUUUGGUCAAGGAUUGGUCAAGGAUAUAUGCGUUAACUAGUUGAACUAUAUUCGACCGUGUAAUCUUGUGGUGUAAUAAAAAGACACGUUUUGGUUA